AUGAAGCAAACUGUCAAGCAGAAUAUGUACGGCUUUUUCAGACGUUUCAUUCCAAAAGACAAGGAAAAAGCAGGAAAACGAAGAGUCGAAAAGAAUGUCGAUGAAUCGGAAGUGUGUGAUGAAUCGGAAGUGUGUGAUGAAUCGGAAGUGUGUGAUGAAUCGGAAGUGUGUGUGAUUGACGUGGAAACAUUGAGAUGCGUGAUUUGUCUCAACAUUUUCCAAGGAAUUCCACGAAGUCUGACUUGCGGCCACUCAUUCUGUCCACGAUGCAUCGAUGAAGUAGCUCACUCGGAGCAGAUGAAUGAACAGAUAAAUGAGGGGAGAAAUCAUAUUCAAUGUCCAAUCUGUCGCAAACGUACCAGCAUGCACAAACUCGUUCAUAACUAUGCUCUGAAAAACAUCUUGGAUAGUAUCAAUGAGUUGGCGAAAGAAGAAGAGAAAGCAAGAGUUGCGUUUGACAAUACUCUGGAAGCAUCGAACGAACAACUCCGCUCCAAAUGCAUCGAAUUUGAGAAAAUAAACGACGGAUUGAAGAAAGAGAUGAACGAGAGACGUCGCAAGGAAUAUUAUAACUACGUUGCCAUUACCCUCUUCGUUAUCUUCGUCUCAUUUUCCCACCGUGUGUCCCCGUCUGGAGUGCACCCUCCCUCCCUAUCCUCCGGUAUUGAUUUUUUGGAUUUCAUAUUCUGA